AGAGCUUCUGUGAUAGACUAGUGAAACAUGGAGGUGAAGAAAGACGAGAACAGUUUCUUACAAAACAAGAAACAAGAGAUUAAUCAGAAUACAAAAGAAGACGAAGAGGAGAAUCUAAAGAAGAGAAUCUCAAGCCAUCCUCUCUAUGGGCUUCUUCUUCACUCACAUCUCAGUUGCUUAAAGGUAUGUUCCGGCGACUUUGACUCACCGGAGAUCAUGAACACGACGGAUGAUCUUGCCCUAACAAAACUCUCUCUCCACUCUGAUUCUCCCCCCGAUGCUACCUCUUCAGAGCUUGAUCAAUUCAUGGAAGCUUAUUGCUUGACUCUACGGGAGCUGAAGGAAGCAAUGGAGAAGCCUCUUAUCGAAACCCACAGUUUUAUGGAUGCGGUGUACAAUCAGCUAAACGACAUUGUUCUCUCAUCAUCGACCCCUUAAAUAAGGGUGAAACGUGACAACUAGUCGAUGCUAUUAAUGAUGUCAAACGCAUUUCCCCAAUUUGUGAAAUUCCUAGUGUAUUCGCGUUUUGUUAUGUUGCGUUUUUUGAAACGCUUUUGUAGAAUAACGGCAAUCGUAAUUUGAGAACAAAAUCAAUAUGGCGCGCUUGCCCUCCUGCUCUGCG